AUGGCGUCCUGGGUCAAUACUUUAACAAUACCUUCCAAAAAGAGAGUUCGAGAUGCUGAGAGCGAUAAUGGGGGUGAAGGCUCUUGGAAAAAAGCUGGUCCCAAGAAGGUCGUCAAAGACAAAGGAAAGGGAAUAGCUGUCGAGGAGAAUGAUAAUACUAGCGAGGGUUCUUCUAAAGGGCUAGGAAAGAAGGCUGGCCACAAGAAAGUCAUCAAAAAAGGCAAAGCCAAAGCCACCGAAAAGGACGAUAACGGUGGGGAGGGUUCCUCCAAAAGACCAGGCAAAAGAGCUGGUCCGAAGAAGGUCGAUAAAGGAAGGGAAAAGAGGUCGGAGAUGAUGAUAAUGGUGGCGAGGUCCCUCCAAAAGGCUAGGCAAAAAAGGAGGAAGGGCUGCACCAGCAGGAAAGAAACCUGUCAAAAAAGACCUGAAGGGCAAAGGAACCCCUCGAAGACUAAUUGGUUUACCGUAAAUUAUGGUGACUUCUUAUUGAACCUGUCCGACGCGAAUGUAAUCGAGGAAGUUCGGAUUAGAAAGUACGAGGGCCAGGAGAGAUAUCAUACACCCAAGGACGGCGAGGAGGGUGAGAACGCCUUUGACGAUGGCGAGGCCGUCAUGGUCAGAAGGGCGGGUGAAAAUGAUAGGCCGCACGAGGUCAUCGACUUCGAACGGAAUAUACAGGAGAUUCCACAGGAGGUUGAAGGCGAAACGAAGAAGCUGAAAAAAGGGCCGCGCCUGAAAGAACUCUUGAACUCAUAAGACACGAGUAUCCAUGGAAUCUCCGUGUCGCAGAAGACCGGCUUCAAG